AAAACACCCCCGAGCAAAGGUGGCCCCCACUCCUCCUAGCGAAACUGAAAUAAGCUCGCGGUGUUUGGGUUGUCAGGGAGCCCGUGAUGGUUCCAAUGUGCACACAGUAUGACAGAUGACCUAUUGGAAUAAUUUCAGAGCCGUGCUGUGGUUGCUACGACAACCAAUGCUCUCUUGGCUUUCAUCUGGCCAUGUGACAGUGACUUUGACGUCAGCUGGAGGCAGAGUCUGUGGUUUAGUCCACACAGCCAAAGGCUUGUGAGAAUCUGGUGGAUGCUGGACUUAUCUCCCUUGCUGCUGCUGCUGUUUCCCAGGGGCUGCCGAGGCAUGGGCUACUAACGCCUUGCAUUUCUACUGUGGGAGGCUACUGGUUUGCUUUAUGCUCUAAUCAGAUAAAAAUUUUUGACACCAAGAUGGGAAAACAGAACAGCAAACUACGUCCUGAGGUCAUGCAAGAUUUGCUAGAAAGUACAGACUUUACAGAACAUGAGAUCCAGGAGUGGUACAAAGGCUUCUUGAGAGACUGUCCAAGUGGACAUUUAUCUAUGGAGGAGUUUAAGAAAAUAUAUGGGAACUUUUUUCCUUAUGGGGACGCUUCUAAAUUUGCGGAACAUGUGUUCCGCACUUUCGAUGCUAACGGCGAUGGAACAAUAGACUUUAGAGAAUUUAUCAUAGCCUUGAGUGUAACAUCUAGAGGUAAACUGGAGCAAAAGCUGAAGUGGGCAUUCAGCAUGUAUGAUCUGGAUGGAAAUGGAUACAUCAGUAAGUCAGAAAUGCUGGAGAUAGUGCAGGCAAUCUAUAAGAUGGUUUCUUCAGUAAUGAAGAUGCCAGAAGAUGAGUCAACACCAGAGAAAAGGACAGAGAAAAUCUUCCGUCAGAUGGACACCAAUCGCGAUGGCAAACUCUCUCUGGAAGAGUUCAUCCGAGGGGCCAAGAGUGAUCCAUCCAUAGUCCGUCUCCUUCAGUGUGAUCCUAGCAGUGCAGGGCAAUUCUAAAACAGUUCUUUGGAUGAAUUGUGUAUCUGCUUUUUGUUUUGUUUUUCUGCCAAACAACAUUCAUGGUGGUGUUGCCUCUGUAUGACCAAUUUUGCCUUCUUUUGUGGCAUCUUUUAGCUUCAUUUGUUGUGGAUUAAUUAUAAGAAUGCUGAAUGCUCUUAAUAGUUUGUCCAGAACACAGACAGAAUACUGUUUUAAAUGGACAUUGUGGUGUUAACUUGUUUAGAAGAUUGUAUUUUGUUCAAUUUUUUCGUUCUCAAAAGUAAACAACAAGAAGGAAGAAACCUUCAGCAACACAUUAUUGCCAGAGUUUAGAAUGCUGCUUUAAUAGCUGAAAAUUCACCCACAGCAUCUGAAGCACAAUAGUGGUUGAAGUGCAAAGUGUUACAACAGGUGCAGUAUUUGAUUUGUACAGUCUUUUUUUUUAUCCAGCAGGCACAAGUGAAACUACAAGACAAGAUGAGUAAGAAGUGUUAAUACAAUAAAUUAGCAAGUUCUAGCCUACUUCAGUCUCCCUACAAUGCCACGUUGUUUCAAUACUGUGAAAGUUUUUAAGGUGCAUUGAGAAGAGGGAGAAAUGAUCAGCUGUUUUUUAACAGGCUUAUGCUGGUUGAUUUAACAUGGUUUUAUCUGGAAAUCAAAACACAAUUUAUAAUUCUGAUUAAAACAAAAAAACAGGUGGAUGUUAUCUGUUGCCAUUUCAAAUUAGUAAGUGUAGUUGUGUAUAUUACAAACUGAGUAUUGAACACAAAUUUAAGGGAGAUGUGCGCUGAAUGAGAGAUUUUCAGAUUUGUAAUAAAGCAGUUUCUACGUGGGAGACUGGGAGUUGAGCUAAGAAAUAACAUUGUGCAACCUUAAGCAACUGACACUGAGAUAUGUCCACUGUUAUGAAUGUUCUUGUAUAGACUGGACUUUUUUUUCUCUCUCUCUCUCGACACAUCGAUAAUGCGGUUCCUGUGUCUGCUUCUAAAGGUUGGAGAGCUACUAUCACAAACUGUUUUAAAGCUAGAAUUGUAGAAUUCAUAUUUCAUUUACUUUAGUGGGGUUGAAAGAUCUGUACUGAAACAAGGACACGGUACGCUUAAUAAUAUAUAAAUGUUUUAAAAAAAUUAGAUGUAAGAGAAAACUGUUGAAUGUUUAUCUUUUCACUUGGAUGCAAAAGGAUUUCUGAAACUUGCUUCAAAAUUAUUUCAUUUGGUCAGGGUCACUAUAUUCCAAGCAGUGUGUAUGUUUGAGAUCUCUUAAGGAAUUUGCAAGUACUGCUUUGGCAAAAAAGCUUAGCAACGCGAGGUACUAUGCUGACUGAGUUUGAGAUAACCUGUCAUUUGUUGAAUCUGCUUUGUGAUGUGGUAGGUGAUAUAUCACUACAAUCACUGCCUAAUAUCGGGAACUUGUGAGACUGCUAUAGUAUAAUCAUUGUAUGAGGGGCAAGGGUGAUAUUUAAUUAAGUGACCUUGUAGACACUAAACCCCAACUAGCCUUAAUUUAAAGUAAACGGAGUAAAAUAGGUUAGAUCUGCUGCUGCAAACUAGUUAAAUGCUGAUUAGCUAUCAGGAAAAAGCAGUAGAAUAUAUUAACAAGUUUUUGCUGAUCACUAGCUAGGAGAACAUAUAUCCAAUACUUUAGGAAGGAAGAAGAUCCUUGACUUAAUUUUCAAUACCAUUUUUCUCUGUCAUGCUUCACAUAUGGCGCACAGUGAAAAUUAAUUAUAGAUAACAUAGUUAAUAAGUUCUUUCAAAUUUACUAUAAGUGGCAAAGCAAUCCUGAAUAAAAGGUCAUCGAGCCCAUUUCUUUGUCUCAGAUGACCUAAAGGGCUUAUCCAGAAUCAAUUUCAAUUUAAAGUACUUACAGAAAUGCCAUUGAUGUCAUUUUCCUGCUAAAUGAGCUAAAAGACUAGACAGAGUUGUGUGUGAGAGACAGACAGACAGAGGCACACACAAGUGCCAGUUCAAUACAUAACUUUUUUUUUUAGCUUUCAGCAUAGUCACUGGAAAUACUACAGUGAAAUUUUCUGGUUGGCUGAAAUGGUUUUUGCCUAUUUCCCAUCCCUGUCUUAUCCACACCCCAUUGGAGAUACAAUGCACAAAACAGAACCUAUAAAGCACUUGUGCUCUUCAAGAUAAUUUUCUGUGUUUGUCAGAAAUAGACCUCAGAGAGGCCUUGGCCCUAGAAGAAAUGUGCAGAGAUCUCCUCAUACUGAGUCAAAGGUCAGUUCUCUCCUUAUUGCCUGGAGGGUCAUUUUUCAUUUCGACAAAUCUGGCGAGAUCCUUGGUUUUUGAAAAUUGCUGCAUUAAGGUGAACAGGUCUACACUGAUUUACACCCACUGAGGAUCCGCUCCAUCAUCAAACAUAAGCAAUCAGGGCCACUGUAUCAACGCCCUUCUUUGGGUCACUUCAUCACUUCCACUAUGUAAGAAAAAUAAAUUGGAAUAUAAAUUUUCUUAGAAAUCUGAGUACACAUUGAAAAAUUCCAAUUCCAGGUAUCAUUACAGGCUUUUGGAUCAAAAGCAGACAAGCUAGAAAAAUUGACAUUUAUUAAAGCUGAAGUAAAGUAUGCAAAAUGGGUAGCUCCUACAAUUAAUUUUGUUUCUAAUACAGUGAAAGCAGUUGCAUAUGACUGAAACUAUUAAAAUUUUGCCUUUUUUAAGCAGCUGCAUUCCAUCUCUUUUUUUUUUUUUUUUUUUUUCUUCUUAUGAGAAUCCUUUGGCCCAGAACCUAGUUCCUCAAUUUGGUGUUUGGCUGUUUUU